AUGAGCCUCUCAACGGUUUCGACGGCCACCGCUGUGGAAGAACAGGAACUCAUAUUGUUACCCCCCGCCUACUAUCAACGUAUUGCUGAUUUUAUUGGCAUAUGGUCGUUCAAAGCAGCAAUCGCGUUCGGCUCACGACUUCAUCGAGUUUUUACACGAAGACCAAAACAUUUGCUGAAACCCGAGGUGAAGGCAUAUCCCAUUCGACCCCUCCUCAAAAAUCGGAUAUUCCGCCCGCGAGGAUCUGAAAAUAAAAGGCUACCUCUCUACCUUGAUCUUCACGGAGGUGGGUGGGCGGUUGCGGAUCCGGAGACAGACGACGAGUUCUGUUCGUUCCUUGCCCAAAAUUUCAACUCAAUCGUGGUCUCAGUGAAUUAUCGAAAAUCACCAUCUUACAAAUUUCCAUAUGCCGUUAACGAUGUGGUAGCUAUUACGGACGCUGUACUGACAGAUGAGUCGCUGGACAUCGAUAGCAGUAGGGUCGCGAUGGGAGGGUUCUCCUCAGGAGGCAACCUCGCAUUUGCAGCCUGUCAGAAUAAACUCAUCAAAGAUCGAAUACAUGCUCUAGUUGGAUUAUAUCCCGUAUUGGAUCUCGCUGAGAGCUCAGAAGAUAAGCUCAGCCAUCGACCGAAAGAAGCCGGAAAAGAUAUACUCAAGUCAAGUGUGAAUUUCCUGGCGCGGGCCUAUGUUCCAUAUGGUACCAACAGGAAGGACCCCUUACUGUCUCCAAUCUAUGCGCAACGAGAGGAUUUACCUGCCAGUGUUUAUCUAGUGGGGGCUGAAUACGAUAUGCUCUGCCACGAAGCAAAUCGAAUGGCGGAGGCCCUGGCUGGCAUCCAAUGGGAAAGAGAGUUCGAGCAGAAUGGAUGGAGGCAGGGUGGAAUCAAAUGGGAGUGUGCAAGAGCUAAACAUCAUGCAUUUACACAUAUUGCGACGAGUGGAAGCCAAGAGACGGCUAGAGUUGAAUUCGUCCGCGAGUUAUAUAAUAGGGUAGGAGUAUGGCUUCAAGGAGAAGCGUGGGGAUAA